GUGGAUGUUGUCCGCAGACCCAAUUGGUAGAUCACGAUUUACAGACAAGCAGCGAGAAUAUAUAUACUUUAAUUUACACUUUUUGUACCGUCAUCGGUUUCAAGAUGUGCCCUGGUGCUUUUGCCAAAUGUCUGGGGAUAAGCCUGCUCCCUCUGUCCGUGGUGUGCGUUCUGUGCAACAUCCUGCUCUUCUUCCCUGGAGGGACCCCCGUGGAGAGCCACCAGCUCUCAGAAGAGGUCUGGUACUUUGGAGGCAUUCUCGGAUCUGGAGUCCUGAUGCUCUUCCCAGCUUUGGUCUUCCUUGGUUUGAAGAACAACGACUGCUGCGGUUGCUGCGGUAACGCGAGCUGCGGUCGGAGGUUUGCUAUGCUGAGCUCCAUUCUGUUUGCGGCAGUGGGUGUUCUAGGGGCAGGGUACUCUGUCGUGGUGUCUGUCUUGGCCAUCAAGAGGGGGCCCUUCUGCCUGUAUUCCAAUGGAGUAUGGAUAUAUCCAUUCGAGAAUCGCGACUACCUAUCCAACUCUGCCUCCUGGAAGGAAUGUGUGCAGCCCGUGGACGUGGUGCAUUGGAACCUGUCUCUGUUCUCGGUGCUGCUGGCCUUGGGUCUGGUCCAGGCGGUGCUCUGUGCCGUGCAGGUGGUGAACGGCCUGCUGGGAGCUCUCUGUGGAGACUGCUGCGGCGGCAGCCGAGGGGCUCAAGCUACUGCCUGAGCACGUCCAUGCCGACGUGAGUCUGUGGGAGCCGGACAUCUUGUUUAUUAUUAACCAAUCCGAUGGGGCU